AUGUUGCACAGGUCACAGGACCGUUUGUACUCCAUGAUUUCAACAGACCCGAUGGUGAUGAAUGGAGGUGAUGAAUCGGUGCCACGGGCAGUUCCCACGGCGACACACGCUUUCGAAACAUUGUCAAACUACAAUGGGAUGAAUUUGGAGGAGAUGUUGAACUUAUACUGUGAGAUAUCUGAGCUUGUAUCGAUGGCUUCCAAGCAGCUCUCACAGUAUCGUUAUGGUGACCCUGGAUAUACCCAGUUGCACGCAGUCCACGCACAGAUGCUAGCAAAGCGUGAUAACUGUGUGCUGGGCUUGUUGAAUGAGAUUCGUCGUCAUCCACAGAGCAUUGGCAUCAUAACAGAGAGAUGUGGUGAUGGUUUCAAGGAGUCGUUUGGCUCCAUUCUUCCAUGUGUUGGACGCCAAGGUGCCCAAGAGAAUGGGAACCUGAAUGUGAAUGUGGAGGUAAAAGGCAAGAACACUGUUCUACGUGAAUCAGCUGGAACUGAGCCAAAGUCCAGGGCCGAAAGUACUCUUGCGGCUAAAGCUUCAAAGGAGAGAGGAUCAGGUAUGAUGACUAUCCCUGUUGAAGUUGCAACGUCAAUUGCAGCGUCCAACUCGUCACCUACAAAUCCUCCAACUUCCUUUACUGGAGCAGAUGCUAUUGAACCUUUGAAGCGAAAAGUUUCCGGUUCAGAUGGUAAGCUGAAAGCCACUGUUGCUGCUGCCCCUGUUGUUAUUGCCCCUGCUGUUAGUACUGUUACUGCCAAUAAUACUGCUGCUGCUAUUACUCUCCAAAGGGAAAAGAAAGAACAGGCAAGUACCUUAAAGAGGCCAAGAUCUCCAAGUGUUGAGUCGUCUGCAAAGAGAAAACCAAACCCCAAGGAGUUGAAAGCGGUGUCAGGUUAUUCGCAACUGACUCCAGCACUGAAUGCUUACCUUGAUAAGAUUCGUGUGUUGAAAGGCCACGAAGCAGUUGAGAAAGAGGCAAAGAAAUUGAUACAAAACUUACCUAUACCAGUGGGAAAGUAUCGUUUCUAUUCGGAUAAUGAGAGAGAUGACAUGUUGAUGUCUAUCGAAGAAAAGUUGAUAACCUUUGAUCAGGCAAAGAGAUUCGUUUCUGGCAUUAUCCAUCAACAAGUAAAGAAAAGUCCAAAAGAGAUUUCUAAAGUUGUGUCUUUGUUGAUGUCAAGAGUUAACAAGGACCAUUACGGCACUGAUUUCGAUCUUCGUACCACUAUUUUGGAGAGUGUACUCGAUUGCUUCCGAAAUAAGAAAGAAGCCAUGAGUGCAAUUGGAUUGGAGAUGAAUUCAAUGAAAAGACUUGGUAAUUGGAUCAGAUUUGAUUUGAGAAAUAAGACCACUACGAACAAUUCACUCUAUCUAAGAUUCUUGUCCUCUUUGGAUAUGAUCACCGAGCAACUCGUGCUUACUAAGUUGAUGGACGUGUUGAAGACAAUGAUGAAGAGAUGUCCGGAGUGGAAGACUAGUAUUCAAAACUUGAUUGUUGCAUCCCAGAAGAGAGAGAAAGAGCUUAACAAGCAGCAGGGUCUGAAGGACAAAACUACAAAUGAACCUUCUACUAAUAGCUCCACUCCCUCUACUGUGGCUGUUGCUAACAUAUCGAAGCCAAGUCCUUCCGUACCAAAAACAUCUUCUUCUCCAACAAAUCUUGUACCUGCACCGCAAAAGAAUACCCCAUUGAAAUUCUCCAUAGUGUCAUAUUUGACUGGACAGCAGAAGAAGAGGAUUUCACCAAGUGCUGAAACUACUGUUUCAUCUUCUACUCCAAUAGAAGAAGAGCAAACUAGAGAUGUAUCAUCCACUGCUAACCCUGUUAAUCUUUCCUCUUCAAAUGAUAACGGUUUGAGAUCCAUUCUCAAGAAAGCUUCCAGUACAAAACCAAGGUCCAAGACCCGUGUGACAUUUAAAGAUGAUGAUGAACUGGUACAGAUCAAGGAGAUACCUAUGGAUUUGGAGACUUCUCACAGCACACGUGGUUCAUCGAUGGUGAAGGAUAUGGAACAUUCUGAAGGCCAGAUAUUAAAAAAUAUGAACGGAAUUCAAUGCGUCGAAAGUGACGUUGAAUGGAGAACCCCUCGCCGUAUCAACUUUGACGAAACUAACGAUUUUGAAAGACAGACCGUCUCUGUUGUUAGAGGUGGCACCAAACCUCUGCUGUUAACUGAUGAUACUGAUUCUGUAGCGAGACCAAAUUCAUAUGAAAGCAGAUUUUCCCCAUUUGAACAAAAUGAGAAACUAAUCACUGCAGUGAAAUACUUCAAUCACAAGAAUAACGCUGCUCUUGACGGCAAAGAGUCUUAUUCACCAGACAUUGGACAAUCUGUCUCUGUUCCAGUUGCACAACACUCUGAGGAUGUGGUUAUGCCUCAAUUGGAAAAAUCAGAAUCACCACCUGUAAAGAGAUCAGGGACUUUAGAGAGACCUUGGAAAGUGCAGAAACAGGGACACUCCUCUUCUACUGGAAUAAUCAAGCCAUCCAAUACAUCAGCUCACCAAACACAGACCUUAGAAAGAAACGAGGAAAAUGAAUCAGAUGAUGAGCUUAUGUCUAUCCUUGCGGAUGGCGACUCUCUAGUGAAUUCACACCUGCAGAGUCGUAACAAUACCGAUGAGGACUCCUUAGCGGAUUCACACUUGAAAAGUCAUGAUGAUACCGAUGCUGUCACAAGUAAUAAAACUUCUGAUGCUUUGGUGAAGGACAAACCUAGCGUGAGCAUUGAACAUCUCGAAAAGACUACAGUUGCUCCAACCGGUGAGGCAAAGAAGGAUGACUACAGAGAACGCGAAGAUGAAGUGGACGAUGGAUAUGAUCCGGAUGAUUUGUUCAGUGCUUCAAAUAGACAAAGUGCUGCGUUGGACUUAGAAAAUACGAUCAACAAGCAUUCCUUUGUCAACACGGGAAUAUUCACUGCUGCACAUUCUAGAUCCGGUGAACUGCCACCGCCACAUCCACAGUCAAGGUCACGAUACCGUACUCAUGAAUAUCGUAUUGAUCCACCGCGGAAAUCGUUGCAUUCACAUCCGUGGUUCUCGUCUUCGUCUUCGUCUUCACUUUCACCUCUCGAUGGUGAAGAUAUCGCCUAUGUUGAUGGUUUGGAAUGUGCUGCUUAUCCCCAGGGACUUACUCAAGAAGAGAGACAACGUUGUAUUUCACCUGAGAAAUACGAACUGAGAUGCCACGAUGUUCGUUCGCAUGUUCGUCUAACUUCGCCCUUUGAUUGCUCGAAGUACACGAGGACUUGUAUCAAAUAUAACAACUGGUGUCCGUAUGGUAGUAAGUGUUUUUUUAUACACCCUAAGAGGACAUGA